GGGCAGAAAUAAAGGGUUAGAUUUCUUGCUUUUGAUCGGUUCCGGGUUCUCCUUUCAAAUCAACUCCCGUUCUCGUCUGAUUUCCUCUCUACAAAUUCGAACACCACACCUCUCUCUCUCUCUCUCUCUCUCUCAGAGAUAAUACUUUGAAUAAAAAGAUGGAAGGUGGAGGAGGAGAAGAGGUAACCAUAGAAGAGCUCGCCUCAAAUCUCACCACCUACAGGGAUCAGCUUCAUCAGGUGGAUCCUGCCAAUGUCAGGCCAAUUCAAGAAGGGGCUGUCAAUGCUUUGGCUGAAGCUGAGAGAGUGGCUGAAGCUACCAAACAAGCUGUCAAGCGUAAGAUUGCGCUAGCUGCUUCCAUGGACUUUCAGUCUCGGAGUUUACCAGCAAAGCUUCGUAUAGAGCCCGAUGACCUAGAAGAUGUGUUGGCAAUCAUUUUUGCUUUAGUUUUUCUGGUAAAACUGCAAAAGCGUAAGAAGAUACAUGCGUUUAAGUCAAAGAUGAGGUUUGAGCAACUUGAGGUGUCACAGAAUAAGCGGCAGAAUGCUUGGCAGCAGUUCCAGUCGACCAAAGGCAAGGCUAAGAAGAUUGGUUUCCUUUCGGGGCGCAAACGGGAGAGCAUCUUCAAGUCUCCUGAGGACCCAAGUGGCAAGGUUGGUGCGACUGGAAGUGGAAAGGGUUUGACAGAGUUCCAAAAGAGGGAAAAACACUUGCAUCUCAAGGGAGCAACUGUUGAGGCUGACGAUUAGGUUAAAAUCUCCCAUUUGCUGUGAGCCUGUGUCUGCUCAAACUAGAUCCGUGACCGAACUAUGGCAUCUUGAAACAGGAUGUACAAAUUGCUGAUCAUGCAUGGAGAUGGAUUAUUCUACUCUUAUGUUUGCUCCUUUUUUUUCUAAUAAAUUCGAGCUUAGCAUGUAGUUAAACUUAGGAAGUCAGUAUUUGAUUAUUCCUCUUGUUCCACCUCGUGUUGUAACUAACUCUCUGGUUAGUCUGUUAAUCCCUUCCCUAAUUUUUUUUCUUGAUUGGCGAUGAAGCCAGAAACUAAUCUAGGAAAUUAGGCAUGAUGCCAAUAAUUGUUCAAAAUCAAUUUCCAAUUGAGUUAA